UUGAAACUUUCGAAUUGAAUUCCGGAAAUGUUUUCGAACUUUUCGCGUGCAUAGCAGAGUGUUUGUAAGGACAAGCACUAAGAUUUACAUAUAUUUCGGCGAUUUUUUAAUAUUUAAAACGGAAGCAAAAUACAUCAAAAACAACGACAAGAUGGGUCUGCCACCGAUGGAUUUUGAUGCUGUUUUGGAGAAAUGUGGUAACUUCGGACGUUUUCAAUACAUUUUAUUACUAUUAUUUGGAUUUACAAAUAUCUUCUCAUCGCUGCAUUAUUUUGCGCAGACAAUAAUCAGCUUUACGCCGGAACAUUGGUGUUACCACGAAAAAUUAGCUAAUGCCAGUUUUGCUGAAAUUCGCGCUGUUUACGCUCAAACUGACAACCCCAAGUGUACUCUGCUCGACGAUAUUAUUGAUGGCAGACCAAUUGUUGCUGAAGUGGGCCAGUGUCGGAAAUGGAUUUAUGAAUAUGAAAUGGGAUACGAAAGCAUUACCUCAGAACUAAACUGGGUAUGCGAGGACACCUUGCAGUCUGCAGUGGGUCAAUCGCUGUGGUUUGUCGGGUCCGUUAUGGGCACGGUAUUCUUCGGUUUCUUGGCUGAUAAAAUCGGUCGUCUGCCAGCGCUCAUUCUCACUACACUUACAGGCGCUACAGGAGACUUUUUGACAAGUUUUGUCAAUAGCCUACCACUUUUUGCAAUCUUCCGCUUUAUUUCUGGGCUAUCAACGGACACCUUCUUCUAUCUCAUGUACAUAAUGGUUUUUGAAUACCUAAGCCCACAGAAGCGCACACUCGGUUUGAACUUGAUAACCGGUUUAUUCUACUGUAUCGGCUUGGCAAUCUCUCCCUGGUUAGCAAUUUGGUCUGGUUCGUGGCGAACCUAUCUCUACAUUGCUUCGGUGCCCGCCUUGAUUAUACUCGCAUAUCCAAUUUUUAUUUGUGAAAGCGCACAAUGGCUGAUUGCAACCAAACGUUACGCUCGUGCAAUUAAAUGUCUCAAAUAUGUUGCUAAACUCAAUAAACGUGAGGUGAGCGAUGAGGUAUUCGAUGAGUUCAAAUCAUACUAUCAAAACAAACAGAAUGAGGAAUGCAAGUUGAAAACAAGCAAGGACACCUUCUGGGGCAUGUUCCGUACACCGCGUUUACGUAAAUUUACCAUCAUAAUGGUGUUGAAGUCCAUGUUCAUCUCGCUCACAUUUGAUGUAGUGAGCAAAAAUAUGGAAGGCAUGGGCACCUCACCGUUCAUACUUUUCGCAGCCACUUCAAGUUCCUACAUACUUGGUGGUUUAACAAUCAUCCUGCUACAAAAUCGAAUAGGCCGCAAGGGUAUGGCAUUCAGUACGCUCUUUAUGAGCGCAAUCAUUAUUUCCACUACCGGCUUUAUGGUUGCUUUACUCGAUACCGAAAAACAUUCCACACUACUUGCCAUUAUGGUUGGUCUCGGACGUUAUGGCGUUGUAGUGAGCUAUGAGGCGGAAGCACAAUAUGCUUCAGAAUUCAUACCGACCACUGUACGCGGACGCGGCAUAGCCAAUAUUCAUGUUGCAGGUUUCGCUUUUGCAAGUCUUAGCUCUUAUGUGAUAUAUUUAGGUUACUACUAUAAACCUCUGCCAUCGGUCCUUAUGUCUAUAAUAGCUUUGAUGGGCGCACUGUUAUGCUUAGCUUUGCCAGAGACAAUGAAUCAAAAAUUACCGCAGACCUUAAAAGAUGGCGAGGAGUUUGCGCGACAUCAACGCUGGUACUACUUCUUGUGCUUCGAUAGGAAAAAGAAUACCAAAGAAGCUGUGAUCGCAGAUAAAUUUUAGACCAGUACUCGCGAUCACCUGUCAAGUGAAGGAUUUUUGUUAAGAUUUCAAAGGCAAUUUUACCCCUUUGAACGCUUAGGCCAAAGCGAGAAUUGACAUGGCGUCUUAGAAAUUCUGAGCAAAUCUAACUUAUUGGGUAGUGAAUGAAUGAAUGAAUGGUGAAGUAUGUACAUAUGUAGUUAUAAUGUGGUGAGAAUAUUAAUAAUAUUUUUUACUUUUUAAAAAACUUAAAGAAACUGUGAAUCAUGUGUGAAAAUAAAUGCUGCUUACAUUGUAAAUUAAA